AGGCACGCAGCGACGGCGUCACAUGUUCCAGGUGACGCGCGAGACCCGGCGGGCGAGAUACCAGCGUCGGCGGGCCCAGCUUCUGCGGCCGGGAGGAGAGGAGGACUUUCCCAGGGACUUCCUCUCCGAGGCCUGCCUUUCCCUUUCCCUUCCCGCGGCUAGGGACUCACACGGCCGCUCCUCUGGCCGGGGGGCGAGCCCGGGGCGGGGAAGGGCCCGGCGGAGGCCAGACGGGAGCGCCCCUUCCGAUGUGGGCAGCCCUCGCUCCGCCCUCCGCCCCGGAGCCCGCGGGGGCAGCGCCGGCGGCAGAUCGGAGCGGGCCGCGGCCCGGGCGGCGGGGAAGCGCAGCGGCCCUCGGACGGGGAGUCUAGGGAAUUAUUUGAAGUCUGGAAGGUGGGUCUCGGUGCAGCAGCCCGUUGGGUCAGAAAGAUGCCUGCUCCAACAUCAGAAUUUUGGAACUACGUCCCAGAAGAAAUCCUCGUCCAUAUAUUUUACUACCUGUCUCUCCGAGAUAGAUACACAGCCUUCCAAGUGUGCAAACAUUGGGCCGCAGCUGUUUCCACUAGCUCCGUGUGGCAUUUCACAGAGAUCAGUUGUGAUUCGGAGAACGAGGAGGGCAUGCUGCAGAGUUUACACCAGUUCCUGAGCCAGAUCAAACACCUGAGGAUUGUGUUUGAUCAGUCCAAGGAAAUAAAUCGGAAGAACGUCACCCACAUUCUAGACAUGUUGGCCAGGCAGAACUACAAGCUGCAGAAGCUAUGCAUCAUGUGCAAAGGUGAGAACCCUUAUUUCUACUCCGGCCAGGACAUCCUGCAGAGCAUACGAAAUAUAUGCCAGAGAGAAAACCAAAUAGACCUUCAGCAUAUUGAUUUCCGGAGAAUGCCGUUCACCCUGGAUGAUGGGCUUGUUGGACUCCUAGCCGCCAGCAGCCCAAACCUGCAUAGCUUGUUCAUCAACAAUCGCACUCUGGUUUGCAACGUGAAGCCAGAAACCAUUCAAGAGGUUCUGACUGUAUGUCCUAAGUUGUCUACCUUGGGAGUCUACUAUGCCAGCCUGUCUAACGAUGUGUUUGCGGAACUGAUCAAGCCAGAGAGAGGGGCUUUCACACGCUUAGAUAUUUUUUGUGAGCGCUUGGACAAAUAUAUUCCAGUCAUCUCUGAAGAGCUUUGGGCUGCCGUGAUCCAGAAGCAUCCUCAACUCUGCGUAGACCUGGAGUUUGACCACACAGUCCCUGCCUGUAAGAUACCACGAAUCCUAAAGCCCAAUAUACCCGUGGGUACUUUACAACUGAAUACUUUUACGUACAUGGUGAACCAGGUUAGGUUUGUCACCAGCAGUUACAGCAGGACCUUAAAGAGGCUGGUGCUCCACACGACCCCCUCGGAUGAUUUGAACUCCUCGCUAAUAGACCUGGCGAGGAAGUGUGUCAAUCUAACAGAGAUUCAUUGUUACUGUGUGGUUAGUCAGGAGGUGAUAGAUACCUUCCUCGUACACUGCCCCAGUCUGAAACGAUACACUCUAAAGAUUACCAAAGAACAUCACCCCUGGAAACCGACAGUAGUUCAGUGAUGUACCUGUUUGACUAGUAGCUAGUUUGGAAAAAACGUGGAUACAAAGAUUCCAAGUGAAUGGAGUUUGAAAUUUUAGGGUAAUGCCUCAAAAACCACAUCCCAUGCUAUGUCGUCGUCGUCAUGAUCAUCAUCAGGAAUCCCUCAAAGUCGAGGAUGAUUGUCUUUUCAUGGAUUGUCUAUUUCAAAUUAUCUGUGGAUCUGCUGAUGGCUGAUAGGGCCUAUUCUGGUUUUUGGUUUUAUUUCUUGAUUUAUGAUUUCAUAGGGGGAAAAUCGAGCUAACUUUAAAUUAAAACAGUUUGUAAAAACAAAUUCCUCAUUUGGUUUGGGUCUCAUGUGGCAAGUUUCACGCUGAUGGAAUUUGGGGCAAAGCUCUCUGAAGCCAGAACUUUCUUGGCAGCCGAUUUUUCUUUGCAGCAAGCACAGCUGAUUGAUCACAGCAAAACCACAUUAAAUGUCACGCCCACCAAAAAACCACCCUCCCAGAACUCAUAGUAAUUUACCUUGUCCAGACACCCCUUCUCACGCUUUCAGAUGCCCUUCACUUCUGCCUCUGUUCAGAGCAGCAGGGAAAGAGUCACUAAAAAUUCCUCCUGGUCAUGUGGCUUUACUGAGAGGCAGCUGAAGGCGAGAAACCAGCUCCCCCAGUUUAGCACUGCUGUAAUCCUAAUACCAGGAGCAAGGAGUUAAAGACAGAAAGGGUAAAAUCUGGCAUGAUGGUAAAUCACUGAGGCUCAGAUCAAACUUAUGUCUGAGAAAGUACAUUUCCCUGUGUGCUGGAGUUGUACCUCCCCUUCAGGUUUAGGAAUCAAUGUUAUUGGCCAGAGCACUUGCCAGUCCUGUGUGCCUGGGUUAGCAGCAGAAGGCUGUAACUGAGUGCUAAAGAAGGAAUUGUCUGCUCUCAUCAGAUGACUCGGUGAACCAAUCAAGUGAGUUUAGGGUUGUCCGUUUCAGGAGAUCUCUUUGCUCUGACGUGAAAUGGCUUUCCAUGCCUCACAGUGAAUGCAGAACUGUGCACCAAGGUAUAAUCAUUUAUGUUCUUCAUAAAAAUAUAACAUACAAGUCACACAAGGUAGCUGUAGAAAAGCGCAUCCCCUAGUCCUGGUCUUGGGCCCAAUCAUGCCCUCUUUGAAGAGCCACAAAAAAUUACCAGGAUUGUGAGAAAUGCAAGCCUAUUUGGGGGAAAGAAAUUCCAGCUUUUGAAGUUGUUUUCGUUUCAAAAGGUUUGACACUGACCCCUUAAUUUUGUUUUAAUUUUUCAUGAGUUUUUUUUUUUUAAAUCCUCCCCUAAAUUUUGUAUUAAAGUGGUUAUCGACAUUUUUCAUUUGCUCAAAACUUGGUUUUUGGUCAAUUGAAGAUUUAGUAAUGCUGUUUUGGGGAAAAUAUUGAAAAAAGCGCACACCUAUGUUUAAUGACAUUGUUCACUAAAAAGUGGUUUGUCAAAAAAAAAAUUAAUUUAACAAAAAAGCAGACUUGCUCUAUUUCUUUGGGUGGAUGUGAUAUUAUCUAAUUAAAAUAUGACCAUGCAAAUCACUGUUGCUACUACCACUGUUAUAUAGUUGCAACCAAUCUUAUACAAAGUGUGAUGCAUGGCCAGAAAGGGUUAAGCAUCCUGCAGGAUAAAUGACCCAGAUUCAAUCUUUAAAAACAUGUUAUAAAAGUAUAUAAAUGGUAGUUAGGGCCAUUCCAUGCUAGAUAGGCUAGAACUUUGAAAUGCACACUUGUAUUAGAGGUGAUACCAAUUUUAUGUGUUUACUUAUAUCAUGUAAACAGACAGAUUCAGAGAUCAAAAAGGAAUAUUAUCAUUUAGAUGAAUCUUGGGUGAAAUAAUGUCAUUGUCUAUAAGUCUCUUUAAAGUUUGUGAUAGACUGCCUAAUGGAUAAAUUUCCGUAUAUUAAUCUGUGCAGCUAAUUACCAGUGAUGCUUAGGAAAUAGGUCUACUUCAGAAUCUCCAUAAUUGCCUAUUAUUCGCCUGAGGACUUCGAGCUGUCAAAGAAGACCUGAAACUGUGUAAGAACGUCUAGGGUCCUGAUCCUUUUUAUCUCAGAUCUGCUUGAUGCUUCAUGCAGGGGAAACUUAAACCCAAGAUUGAGAUCUCUAGUCCUAUCUGGAAUCACCCUGACUAUGAACAUUGAACUAUAAACUAUGGACUAUUUCUGAAAGAACUCUUUGCAACUACAAAGCUCACCAUCUCUUUGAUGAAUCUAAUCUCAAGAACUGUACUCAUGUUUGUAUGUAUAUGGAACUUAUAACCAAUACUCUCUCUCUUUUCUUUUUUAAUACAAUUUCCAGAUGAUGGUUUGAGAAUCUCAUGCAAAGACCUCAAAUGAAACCAU